AAUAUACAAGAUACAUAAGAAAACUCAACUCGUCCAAUCGUAGCCUAGAAUUUUUCUCGACUUAAUCUUAAUUUUUCCCGGCAAUUUUUUUAAUUGGUCUGUUUACUGCUUUUUCAAGUGUCUCUGACCUAAUAGCCAAGAGACACACGAUAAAAGCAGCAAGACCGAAAAUGUACGAAAGAAUUUAAGCAGUAAAUAGUUAGGGAAUCGACGGUGAUGUUCGCGGUAAUUUUCGAAAAUGAUCAAACCAGGUCAAACCAGAUGGCAAUAGGUCAGAUAUACAAUCUUGUGUACCUUCUCUAUUUAGUUGAUACACGAUAUCGUUGCUCUUAGCAAUACUGCUGUAACCAUAAAUACCAGCGGAGCGUUUACGUAGUUUUGUUAAACUAAAAGUAAGUUUUAACGGAAAAUGUCAACGUUCAGAUCGAUUCUCGUCUAUGAUUUAAGGAUCACUUGGAAAAGUCUUUGAAAAAAGUCACACUUUCCUCUAUCAUACGAUUUCUCGUCCGCAAUGGAUGGACAUGAUUAUCCGGCGACUGGCUAUUUUUUGGAGUCCGACUCAUCGUGCACGGCAGCUUCGGAGAAAAUAUCCAUGCAUGGGAAGUUGAAGAACGGCAGACUCGAGUGUAAAACGGGGCUUGAAGAAGACGAAAACAAACAGUCGCGGGAUGACGAGUCGAAGCCGUCUACUCCGUCGUGCAUCUCGAAAAUGGAUUACACGCUGCCGGAGUAUCGCAAUAACGUCACUCCCGCGAUCGACAAGCUCGUGCAAAUGAUAAACAUGCCGAGCUUGAUAACAUCUCCCGACUUGUCUAACGACUUGCCGACGAAUCGCAUCUCCUCGCCCAGUCAUUGUCACGGUGAUAACGAAAACGUCGCAGUUCCUAUCAUGGUUAGAGAACAUCUGGAUAUAUGCUUCUCGAGCCCGAAGCCGUUUGUCAGCGCUUGUAAAGCGGACAGCGCGCAAUCGAGGAAAAGCGCGAAAGAGAUCGAUCCGUCUCAGAUCGGACGGGAACCUAUGUCGCGAUGGCGAGAAAUCGCCGAUCCGAAUGGCAAACCAAUUGUGAAUUCUCCACAUUGUGAGGAUAGUAUCUAUGUAUCCGAGGCGUCCUUCCUACUGAUGAAGUCUAACAGGAAUCGAAGGGCGCGGAAUCUGCAAAGGGCUACUUUGUCUAGAAGAUCGCGUAGAGAUUCCAAAGAUAGCGAUUUCAUUGAGUUUAUGGGGUCCGAUGCAGAAUAACUGGAGGCUUGUCAUUGAUACACAUGGAGGAGGAAUAAUGAAUCAGCGAAAAUCACGAAAACUGGCAACAGCGGACGACUAGCGUUAUCUCUCAUUGUUAAUCUUUAUGAAUUAAAUUUUUUAUUUUGAAAAACGUGGCGUGUGUGCUCGAUAUAUAAUUAUUUAAUAACCAAUUAAUUUUAAUUUAAUCAGACCGUUUGACGUUAGGGCGCGGCAUAUUGGCGAGUAAUUCGGUUUGCAGUAAUAUUCUUUUUUUUUUUUAAUCAUAGUUUACGCGCGCUUGGGACGGUUGGAGCUAUCGGAAUUUUAUAAUCGAUAUUUUAUUGACGUUUUAUACACUUUGUUUAUUGAUUCGAAAACGCACAGGCGAAACGCGAAAGAGAUUAAUAAAAUUAGUAAAG